CAGUUGCAGCAGUAUUUAGUAAGAGGAAAGGAAGAGCAAGAUCAACAUUGCCCUCAAGCUCUAGUAGCUCAGGAACUACUAGUAGCGAAGAUGAAAGUGAGGUUGAAGAUAAAUUGGUUAAAAGGAGAAGAGAUAGAUCAGUUAGUAAGAGGAAAG